ACAUCCGGUUUGGUGUGUUUGUGAAAAAAUAUUCAUUGUGUCGUCUAUUUUGCCCAAUAACGCCACUAAUAAUUACUUGAUUUACUUGAAUAAGGUGUAGAAAGGAUAAGUUGAUAAUGUAAAAGUCAUGGAAGCGGCCGUUACAAUGGGAAUAUGUGAUCAUUGGACAUGAACCCUGUUUUACUGUGGCUUUGGCUUUGCCUUUGAGCCUUGAGGCUUGACAUGGCAUCUGCAGCUGCUAGUGCCUCAGCAUCCACCAGCUUUUCUCCUCCCAGUUCCCCCCAAGUUGCGACAAAUAAAGCCUACGAUUAUCUGUUGAAGUUCCUGCUAGUCGGUGAUAGUGAUGUAGGAAAGGAAGAGAUUUUAGGAGGUCUCGAGGAUGGGGCCUCCGAGUCACCGUAUGGCUACUCGAUGAACUGUGGUAUUGACUAUAAAACUACGACCAUACUUUUGGAUGGAAAACGAGUCAAACUCCAACUCUGGGAUACGUCUGGUCAGGGUAGAUUCUGCACAAUCUUCCGGUCGUACUCGCGAGGGGCACAAGGUAUCUUGUUGGUUUAUGACAUCACGAAUAAAUGGUCAUUCGAUGGUAUUGACAGAUGGAUUAAGGAGAUUGAUGAGCAUGCACCUGGAGUGCCCAAGAUACUGGUUGGUAACCGGCUCCACCUGGCAUUUAAGCGGCAAGUUAGCGAGAUGUCAGCAGAAACCUAUGCCAACAAGAAUGAUAUGGCCUUCUUUGAGGUCAGCCCACUAUGUGACUUUAAUGUUAUUGAGUCGUUUGCUGAGUUAUCUCGGUUAGCGUUGAAGAGGAACGGACUCAGUCGGGCCUGGGGUCCAAAUAAAGUACUCAGCCUGCAGGAGAUCUGUUGCCAUACAAUCGUGAACCGCACCACAAUCUACGGCAUUGAACAGCUGCCAUUACCGACUUCGGUCAAAUCAUAUCUAAAGUCUUACUCAAUGACGAACAAAACACGAGCGAGGAUGCAGAGUUUCAUGCAUCGGGACAAACACAAGAAGACAACAAAAAUCAUGAAUCCGAACGACUCCCCUCCAAUGAACUGUCGAAAGAGCUGCUUGCUAAGCUAGCAGUGUAGUAUUAUCAAGUAUUGGAGGGUUGGGGUUUGGUGGGAUUUGUCUUUAUCUCAAGUGUGCUGGAAUGGUCAGUCAAUUUCCUGUUACCCUGUACUAGGUAACUGAGUGUUCAGACAACUCAGGGGUGUCCUUUAAAAUCAUGGGUUUUCUUGCUGUAGACCCUGUAAAAAUCCUUUUAAGAGGAAUUUGGAAUUUGAAAUUUUGUUCGUAAUAACUUUAAAACUGAAUCUUGAAAUUUUUUUCAAAUGGGUGAACAGUUGUUGAAAGGCAGGGCUACAGAAAAUGUCACUGGGUGAAAUAUUUUACAAGUUCAGGAGGUUUGAAUCGUUAACUGUUGGAUGCUCUUGCCUGCCUUAGCUAAAGCUUAUCACUGCCACGGGAUGAGGCUGGAAUCUUCGAUAGUCGAUAGCUGUAAAUGAUGUUAGAUUAUUAUUAGCGGGCAGCUCUUUUGGAUCACUGACCUAUUGUUAUGUAAUUCAUAUAUAGCGUUUUCUCCAGAGGGGGACAGGGAUGGGAAGAGGGGCAGGGAGAUGGGGGACAUGUCCUCUCCAAUUAUUCAAAUUCAAUGGAUGUCACUCUUUACUUUGAAUUUCUUUUUCCCCCUCUGAUUCAACCCUGAUAGAAACUCUGAGAUGUCAUGUAGAUUCAGUUGGUCACUGUGUAUUGAGUUUGUAUAUAAUAUAAACCAGUCUAGGUGUAGUAUUUACCCCAAGAUAUCACAGCUACAGUGAGACAGCCGUACAUAUACCUGUAAUGGGGUCAAGCUGUGAUUGUAUUCAGUAUGAUGUCAUGUGGGAUUUGAAAUGUUUUAUACCACCGUACUUGAACAGGGCAGAGACAAAGCUAAAUAAGGUAAAGUAUUUAUUUAUGAGACAUAUUCUUAUAAUUAUUAUAAUAAGCUAUCACUAUUACUACUUGUCAAUCUAUGAUACAUGUGUGAUUGUGAAUCAUGUGGAGAAAAAGGAGUGUCACAUGUUCCUCAACAUCUAGGCAAAUUCUGGUGGAUCUACAUGUACAUGUAUAAAAAACUUAGGUGUAUGAAUAUUUCACCAGUUUUCAAUGAAUAUGAUCAAUACAGAUUUAGGAGGUAAGCAAUAAGUUUAAAUUUUAUAUCUUUUUAUAUAUGUAGUGGAAACAUGUAAUUUUAUCAUCUAGUGGUGUGUUUUCUAUCAGUUUUGAGUUGGUUAUUAUGGUUUUUCGAUUCUCAUUCUGAAGUAUAUAGGACUAAGGAAAAGAAUCGGCAUACUUAUUUGGUCACAAGACAUUUCUCUGUGAGCUUGCAUUGAUAGGGUUGUAUCAUAGUCUUAUGGACAUAUUUCUCUUUUGACCUUUGCCCCGAGAGCCAGUACUUCAUUGGAGAGCCAAUCAUGUGCCUUCUAGUGUUAUGAUGUCUCCUCACAAUUUCCAUAAAAUAUAAUCUUAUAACUUCAAUAUCUUAAACCUAUCAUUUCCUUUGACUUGAAGUUAGUUUCAAGUCUUAGUUGGUUAGACUAUCUGUGCAUUGAUAUUUCAGCCUUUGAUCA